GAAGCCAACGAAAGAACAAGUGAAUCUCACAACUUCUUACUUAGCUACUACCCAGGAAGAGUGAUUCUCAGUGUGUGUGUGUGUGUGUGUGAGCUUGGAAGAUGGGUGAAGAAUUGAAGCUAUUGGGUGCGUGGGGGAGCCCAUUUAGCUGGCGAGUCGUGAUAGCUCUGAAGGUCAAGGGGGUCCAAUACGAGUACUCGGAGGAGGACAUAUUCCACAACAAGAGCGCUUCGCUUCUCAAGUAUAAUCCCGUGCACAAGAAAGUACCCGUGCUCGUCCACAAUGGCAAACCAAUUUUGGAGUCUCAGGUGAUUCUCGAGUACAUCGACGAGACAUGGAAGGACAACCCGAUCUUACCGCGAGAUCCCUACGAGAGAGCGAUGGCCCGUUUCCGGGCUAAGUUCUUGGAUGAAAAGUGCGUGCUAGCUCUCUGGAAAUCUUGCAUGAGCUUAGGGCCCGAAAGGGAGAAGGCAUGUGAGGAAGCACAUGAGCUCUUGGGCACUCUCGAAGGCGAGCUUAAUGGCAAGAAGUUCUUCGGGGGCGAGACCAUCGGGUUCGUCGACAUCGUGGCCAGCUUCGUCGGGCACUGGGUUGGAGCCCUCCAAGAGGCGGCUGGGGUCGACGUCCUGACCGAGGACAAGUUCCCCGUGCUGUGCAAGUGGGCGGAAGAGUUUCGGAGCUGCCCGAUCGUCAAGGAGAAUCUGCCUCCAAGGGACAAGAUGGUGGCCUUCUUCAAGGCUCAACGCGAGAUGAUAACUAGCUUCUAUAAGAACAAAGCGUGAGUUUUGGGUCGGUCUCUGUGUUUGUGUUCUAGCUUCUUGGUUGU